AUGGAUGACAAAGAGGACAUACUUUUAAUUUCUCAACAAAAUGUGAAAACUAGACUAGUAGUGAAUGACAGGCCUUCAGAACUACCUCAUUUCAAUCUGGAGAACCUCAAAACUGCCAAACUGAAGUCGUCACAGGAUAUCAAGAUGAAUGGGCCUGCUGAGCAGGGAGGGACAAGGGUUAUGAUAGCAGGAAGCAGUCCAUCAUCACCAACAUGGAUUGGAAAAAGAACAAAGUUAGAAGGAUUAUUAAUGGCUAUGAUAGCUUCAUUAACUAUGAUUGUUUUGAUAUUAGUUGUUAUAUUAGCUAUUAAAUCAGCCAAUGAUGGUCUUCUUGAAAUGAGUUCUGUGGAUGUUUGUUGCAGUCAGAAACAAAUCAGUUGA